GCACAUGCUCGCCUACGCCGUCGCCGUAGAGCGCUAGCACAAGUGCAGCAGACGCCAGCACCGAUUCGCAUACUGCAACGCACCACCGCAGCGCUUGCCGUUACUGCCACGCGUGACCAUGCUGCCUAGGCCAGCAGCGCUGCUGCUGCUGCUCACACAAUUAACAGCGUUCGCGCCGAAGAUUUGUAAGCGACCACCGGUCAAAGUAAGGUCCGAGAGCGACGGGAGGUUACUCGCCGUGAAAGCGCGGGAAGCGGAGCUCCGCGCGCAGCUCGCGCGGGUCCAACGAGAAAAAGCAGAGGUGCUAGCAAAGCGGAGACUAAAGAUUGGGAUUGUGGGCUUCGGACGGUUCGGCCAGUUCCUCUCGACAAAAUUCGCGUCCUACGACCACGAGAUUUAUGGACUCAGUCUCUCGGACCGAGCAAAUGAGGCAACCAAGUGCGGCGCCAAAGGAUGUGGAAGACUCGACAGCAGUGACGAUGUGGAGGCGUUCUUCGAGCGGAAGCCCGACGUCGUGGUGCUGGCCUGUUCGAUAGUCUCCUUCGAGGAGACGCUACAAAGGUUAAGACCUUCACUGCAAAAGUAUCCGGAAACGUUGUUUGUGGAUGUCCUCUCGGUCAAGGAGCACGCUCGCGAAGCGUUGCUGAAGCACCUCCCCGCGGAAACGGGCGUGCUGUGCACGCACCCGAUGUUUGGCCCUGAUUCCGCGAAGUCCGGCUGGGAGAAUUUAGCAUUUGUCUACGACAAAGUACGAGUACCUGAAGAUACUUCGGAUGCCUGUGAACGGUUUUUAUCACUCUUUGAAAGCGCGGGGUGUCGGAUGGUCGAGAUGUCGUGUACGCAGCAUGAUGUGUAUGCCGCGAAUUCCCAAUUUUUGACGCAUCUCGUCGGGCGGAUGUUGGGGAGUGUGGGUGACUUGAGAAGCACGCCCAUCGACACGAAGGGUUUCGCGUCCAUCCUGCAGGUCGUCGAGACGACGUGUGACGAUUCGUUCGACUUGUUCUAUGGGCUGUAUCGGUACAACCAGCACUCGAAAUCCACGCUAUUAUGUCUGCGGAAGGCCAUGGCCGACCUCGAGUUGAGGUUGAUCUCCUCCGAACUAGAUGGUAGUGCGGGCGAGGACGCGCGCGGGACAUUGGAUUAUCUGGACGUGCGGGAGCGCGUCUGGAACGAGAACGGGGCCGAGUGGAGUGGUAGGUCAUCGUAAGUUGAGAG